AAGAGUCCUUGGUUAACCAUUAUGGCGGCAGGACGUGUUGAUGUCAUAAGGAGGAGGGAAGUUCGUUACUUUAAAAAGGAAAUCUCUAGCUACUAUAGAAACGGCUGCAGUGAUCGAGACUCAAGUCAAGGUCGUUGUGACCAGUUUAGCAAGCGUAGGAAUGGAUACGGUUCUUAUUCAGGCGCUAUUGAGACUGGCAGUGGAAAGAAUGGCAGUGGCCGAGGCAGAGAGUCUGUUGGUAGGACUAGAGCCUUGGAGCUUGGUGAGUUAUCAGGUCAAGGCAUCACAGGGGAUGAGUGUGCUUACAGGUCCAGGGAUGCGCAUAAUUCAAAGCAUGAAGAUGCAAUGUCCAAGCCUCCAGAGAAGAAAAGGAAGAUUUCGCCUAUUGUUUGGGGUAGGGAUGACGUGGAUGUGAGCAAUCCUUCAAAGAACAGGAUGGUCCAACAAGUUGCUCCCCUUGGUUCUCUGCUAUCUUUGUUACAGUCCUCUGGGGCAGAUGUUGCUGUAGAUGGGGAUACUACUAAGAAUCCCCUUAUAAAUACUCAGCUCCAGGGCAUGCAGAUUGCACCUGUUAAAUCUUGCGUGGCUUCUAACUUGGGGGUAAAUUCGAAAUCUCCAGUUUAUUCAUCCUCUCUUCUGCUUCCUGAGGAGACCAGGAGAAAUUAUGAGGAGCUGGAAGAGGUGGAAGACUCUGACGGGAAGUCUAGUCACCAUGUGGAUUUGUUGAAUACUCCUGAAAGUGGGGAGUUUCGCAGAGAAGGCUCUCAAUGUAGUCAGGGAAAAUCUUCUUCAUCUAUUAGAGAAGAUAUUUUCAUUGAACCUGCUGGCAAGGUUUGUCAUUUGGAGAGAGAAGUGAAUAAAGAUGACUUUAUGGAGCUUGAUGAGAUGCGUGAGGGUACUAGUGUUAGUUAUUUGGACUCACAUUUUGAUUAUGAGUUCCAAGAGCUUGCAGCACCUAAACCUAGAAGUGUGAAUAUGCUUCAGGGUUGCAGAAGUGUGUUUGAAUAUGAGAAACUCACGAAAAUAAUGAAGGCACCUAUGGUGUUGGAUAAGAAGACAGAUGAAAUUGUGGCUCUGAAGAAGGUGAAGAUGGGGCUAGAAAGCGAUGGCUUCCCUAUGUCAGCAUUAAGGGAAAUAAACCUCCUUUUGUCUCUUCAUCACCCUUCAAUAGAAGUUGUUAUGGAUGACAGAGAUGAUGGGUGUGGUGUUGUUUUCAUGGUUAUGGAGUACAUGGAACAUGAUAUCAAAGGGCUUAUUGGGGCAAUGAAGCAGCCAUUUAGUGAAAAAGAGGUAAAAGGCUUAAUGCUUCAACUGUUGGAGGGAGUGAAAUAUCUCCACGAUAAUUGGAUUAUGCACAGGGAUUUGAAGACAUCAAAUCUUCUUUUAAACAACAGUGGGAAGUUGAAAAUAUGUGAUUUUGGAUUGUCUCGCCAAUAUGGGAGCCCAGCAAGACCUUUUACUCCUUUAGUGGUCACUUUGUGGUACAGGGCACCUGAACUUCUGGUAGGCACAAAACAGUACUCAACUGCAGUUGAUAUGUGGUCAAUCGGCUGUAUAAUGGCCGAAUUAUUAGCGAAGCAACCACUUUUUAAUGGCAAAACUGAAUUUGAGCAGCUUGAUAAGAUAUUCCGCAUUCUUGGUUCACCAAAUGAGACAAUCUGGCCAGGAUUUUCUGAACUACCAGGAGCCAAAGUUAAAUUUGCUAAGCAACUGAGGAAUACAUUGCGGGAGAAAUUUCCUGCAGUGAGCUUCAAGGGGUCUCCAGUUCUUUCUGACCAGGGCUUUGAUUUGUUAAGCCAGCUUCUAACAUACGAUCCAGAGAAGCGAAUUACAGCUGAAGCUGCGUUGAGACAUGCUGCUGUUGUGAUAGCUGAUGAUAUCAUGUUGUUACCAAAGGGAAGAGUUGGACCUUCGUUUGGCGUGGCGGAGAGGCUAAUAGAUGUACCAUUGAGUAGUUCAGGAAGCUCUUAG